GCAGUUUGAAAGUCGCCGCAUCCAAACGCACCGAGUGUGUGAGUGCGAGUGCGUGACAUUUGUUAUGACAAAAGGUUGUUAUACUAACAUUUAUCACAAACAAUUAAAUCGUCAAAAUCAAAUGUAGCCCACAAAUAUCGGCAGCCGAGAUUUAUAGUUUUUAGUUAAGUUGCAAAUAUGUGUACAAAACAAGGUGAUAAAUGUCGUUUGUGUUUCACACACGGCUUCUUCCAUAUAAACUUAUUUGCAACGCCACAGAGGGCUGUUGAGGUGAUUCGAGAGAUAUUCCAUUGCGAGGUAGCUGAAUACGAUGGGCUUCCGAAUCAUAUUUGUGUUGAUUGCUGGAUGACAAUAAAAACUUUCUACGAAUUUUAUCAAAAUGUAAUUGCUGCUCAAAAACAGUUCCUAUUAGAUGGAAGUAUACCCAUUAAGAUCGAGGCGCCGCAUGAAGAAACGGUCGUCAGUUAUAUCGACGAUUUGAACUUUGGAUUACAAAGCGAAAAUGAAUUGAAGCUAGAUGACAUUGAACAAACCAGUGAAGAUGUUGUGUUUCAUGAAGAAUUGAAGUCAAAGGUAUAUGCCAGCGAUAAUCAAACAUCACACUUUGAUGAUGGCCCUGAUGGUGAUACUUUUGAUGAUGAUGAAAGUGAUCCGGAUUUUCAAGGAGACGAAGACAAAUCUGAGAGCGAUGAAUCGUUUAGAGAAGAAAUCGAAGAUGGUGACGAUAUUGACGAUGACUAUGGUGAUGACUAUACACCAGCAAAGGCGUAUAAAAGAAAAGACUCGAAAACGUCGCAGCCGAAGCGGAAAAGAGGUCGACCAAGAAAAUAUCUAACAAAAGAGGAAGCUGAUCGCAUGAAAAAGACCAAACACAAAAACUGGAGAGAUGGCAAAAUUUUCAAGUGUCCACAUUGUGUGAAAACAUUCACGCGUCGUCACCGGGUAUCGGUACAUAUUCAGCUUCGUCAUGGCUUUGAAUGUGGCAUCUGUAAUCUUAGGCUGCCAUCGGAGCAAAAAUUGAAACAGCACAUCAACAUUCAUGAAGAAGGUUUCGAUAUAAAACUUCGUCAAAAGCUCGAUGAAAUCGUAUCGAUUGACACAAACGAUGUAACUCCGGAGGAAAGAGAUGACAUUUGGGGACGGUUCAAUUUGAAGUGUGACGAGUGUCCGACAGUAUUUCAGGCGCUCAACGAAGCCCAAGUGCAUUAUUUAAACGAACACAAUAACAGCCGCGGAUAUAUACAAUGUUGCGAAAUGAAAUUUCGCGAAGACCACAUGAUCAAAGAACACAUUGCCUAUCAUAAAAAUCCAGACAUUUACUCCUGUUUCAUUUGUGAUGCAACAAUCAAAGUUAAAUCCUACCUAAGAAGCCAUCUAAAGAAUCAUAUCGUUGACCUUUUGGAAAAUCCACAAUACGUGUGCGAUGUGUGCAAUAAACAUUUCGUAACCAAAUCAAAUUUACUGAUCCAUAAGGCUGAAGCGCAUGUCAAAGAGAAAAUCAAAUGUGAAAUUUGCUCAAAAACGCUAUUUAGCGUAGCACAAAAGGAAAAACACAUGCGAAAUGCACAUGAAACGAUGUCCCAACAGCAACUGGAUUAUGUGGUUGCUCAUUUUGAUAUGUCUUGUGAUCAAUGUGAGGUAAUGUUCGACUCGUUUCCACAUGCAAAGCGUCAUUAUUUAAGCGAACACAGCGAACCAAAGGGCUAUAUCAAAUGCUGUUCAAAGAAAAUGAAAUCGCUGGCCGCUAUUGACGACCACAUUCAAUGGCACAGAAAUCCAGAGAGUUUGAGAUGUCCAAUUUGUGACAAAUUAUUCAACCUCAAGGAUCACUUCAAGACACAUGUUCGACGUCACGGUAAAACAUUCACGUGUGAAAUAUGUGGAAAGUCAUUCAAACGGCACACAACACUGGUUGGCCACCGAAAAGCCGUGCACGAGAGUGGCCCACGAGAUUUCCAAUGUCGAUUCUGUAGUUUGCGAUUUUUAUCGGCUGAAAAGCGUGAUGGUCAUGAGCAAUUGAUUCACUAUGGAAAUACUACCGGUGCCCGUAUCGUGUGUGACAUUUGCGGAAAGGGAUUCCUGCAGACGAGCCACUUACAAAAACACAUUCAGGCCCAUCAUUCGGAUGAUCCACAGAAGCGGGCGAAAAAAGAAGAGAACAAAAGUGAAAUGUGUACAAUUUGCGGGCUAUGGCUGAGCAGUCGUUAUCGCCUGAAAUUGCAUCGCAAAUGUCACUCAAUGGAACCGAACCGAUGUCAGGAAUGUGGCCUAGAGGCGCCAAAUCAUGAUGCUUUACUUGGUCAUAUUCGGGCAUUUCAUGAAAUUCGCCGAAAACACAAAUGCCGACUGUGUGAUCUAUCGUUCAACAAUACCGAGGAGUUGCAGGAACAUGGAAACUCACAUUCCACCGAAAAGCUUUACCAAUGCGUCUAUUGCUUUGAGUCAUUCGUUUGGAGAGCCAGUAUGGAUGCUCAUAUGAAAAAAGCGCAUCCACAUGAAUGUGACGGCGAAAGAGCCACCGAACCAAAUAGUAUCGUACAAAAAUGCACCGUUCCACACGAUGCCAUUGAAAAUAAAAGUGUGGACUCACAUAUUGACUGUAGCUCAAAUUGAACCACGUUAUUGUUGUCAACCCAUUUUGCUCACACAUUUUGAAGAAAUAUUUUGCUCACCCAGUUUGUUCACACAUUCCUGUACACCAAUAAAGUUUGAAUGAAAAUGAACAAACAACCUAA